AUGAUGGCGCCGAUGAUACAGGAAUUCGUGUUGGAUAAUGGGUUGGAUGUUGAGAUUGGGGAUUCGGAAUCUGAAGGAGACGCAACGAGGCAGAGGCAGAAGGGCAAGGGGAAAGAGAAAGAAGAAAGAGAGUUUGUACCUCUGUAUUUGAAAUCAAUGGACCCUCAUUACCGACAAGGAAUCACUCCCUCCCGACUUUUUGAUCCCCUCCUCUCCUCCUACUACCAAGCGACCCGCCACGGAUCCCUGUAUUCCCAUUCUCCCAUCCCCUCUCUCCUCAAAACCUGUCGCGACUCUCGCUCCUGCAUGCAACGCCUCGGCUACACCCUCACAUUCUCCACUCGCACCUCCCCUCCCCGCAUCUGGUUCAACUAUACUCGAGACAUCCUCUUCCUGCGCGCCCUUGAUUCCGAUAUCAACGAAGGAAUCAUGUCUGAGCUCGUCGACGGCACCGGAACAAACAUCGGACAAUUUCGUCCUGCGGAAUUCACACGGGUGCGACGCCUCGCGCUCGAUUUCUCCAAAUGGAUCGGUCGGGACGAACACUGGCAGUAUGAAAUUGUGCGAGUGGUGAAACUCUUUCAAAAUUUGCAGGAGCUAUUCUUGGUCUUGAAUUGCGAUUGGUGGUUCCAGGAUGUUCGCGGGGGCUUCAUCACGGGACUUCCGAAACAUCCUACUUUUGCAUCCGCUUCUUCGUCGCCUACGAAUCCAUAUUUCUCCCCGGAUUCCGCAUCCUCGCGUCCCUUUCCGAUUCCCGCGCAUUGGAAAUCAGGAGGCGGGAUAGAUUGGAGUCAUGGUGGAGGAACCACGUUGAAAAGUCCUGCGAAUUCGUCGUUUCCGUGGGGAUUUCGAAAAGUGGAAAAUGAAGGGGAUUUUUGGAGAGACUACGUGACCCCUACGCCUGGGACGUUUGCGCUGACGAAUGAUGGGAAUUAUCGGUUUAAGAUUAGGGAGUUUGAGAGGAGGGGGGAGGGGAACGGGAGGGGAGAGAGGAAAGAUUUUUUCGAGGAGUGGAAGAGAGAGGUGGAGGGGAGUUUGAGGGAGAAGUGGGAGGAGGAUGGAGAGAGAGGUGGUGCGGAGUGGAGAGUACCGAAGAUACAGUUGGUUUUCUUGAGACAGGAGGAUGGUUUGGAUAAUAUUUAA